UUCUCCAAAAAGUGUCAUGUUUGUAUCAUCCCUCGGCCCAAUCGUAGAACCUUCAACCUUGUCCUCUUCCUUGUAGGGCAAUAUUCCAUUUUCCCGCAAAAACUAUCUCAAAAAAACCUACCAACGUCCAACCCAACCGAAGCAACAACUCCUGGCGAAGCAGAAAACAAAUGGAGUUCAACUUCAACUGCAACGAUGUGAAUAAAUGGAAAAAAGCUUUAACUUCAUACCAAUCUCUCAUUCCAUCACUUAACAAACCCAACUUAGUUUCUCUCGAUGAAUUCUACUGCAACGAACUUCCCUCUCUUCUCCAAUCUCGUCUCCCUACUCCCUACCUCACUCGAUCCGAGCUUCACUCUCUCAUGCAAUGGAAGCUCACCCGCGGCAAAUUCAGACCUCGGUUGCUGGGGUUUGUAGCGUCGCUUGACGAAGAGCUUGUGAAAUUGGCGUCACAAAAAGCGUUUCUCUCUCUUCCAAACGACUUAUCUAAUGCCGUUUCGGAACUCACCGUUCUUAAAGGUGUGGGUCCCGCCACCGCCUCCGCUGUCCUUGCCGCCUACGCACCAGAAAUUGCCCCUUUUAUGUCGGAUGAGGCUAUGGAAGCUGUGUUAGGUCAUUCAAAAGAUUACUCUUUGAAACAGUAUCUUUUGCUUGCUGAAAAAUUGCGGGAGAAGGCAAAGGAAUUAAGUUCAGAAGAUGAGCAAUUCACAGCGUCGGAUGUGGAAAGGGCUCUUUGGAGCUCUGCUGUUGAAGCUAAGCUAACUGGUCCGUCUGCAAAGGUGUUGCAAUCUACUUCAAAGAAAUGUUGUGGAAGAAAAAGGAAAAACUCUAGUUAAACUCCGAAUCUCUGAUUAACGCUUGUUGCUGGAAAUUGGGUAUUGGGAUGGCUGUCAAGGAUCGUGUCUAUAUGCUAAUCGCACUGGAGAAGUAGUAGCUUUCAUGUGAUCGCCCGGUUUAAGUAUCUGACUUCGUAUCUUCUGUCCAAAGAUGGCUGCUACGGUUUUUGGUUUCAGGAUGUCUGAGAUAAUUAGGUUUGUAACACAGUUAACACUGACUUCCUGAUGUAGAGUUACUGGCAUGUGUACUUUGUAUUUAUGCAAGAUCCUUACCACUUCCCUUCUUUCCAUACCUCCCACCACUUCUCUUGUUAAUAACAACAAGAUCAGUUUAUUUUC